CCGGCUGAGCCGCCUGAGCUGAUGUUCCCUUCCCUAGCUCUCCGCGUUGUUGUUCUCGGUGACGCGACGGAGGUGUUGCCUGACGCGGCCUCUUACGUGUCGGCCUGAAUAAAAGUGGAGCUCCGAGGGCCCGAGAGUGACGGAGGGAGACUGUAUCGCUAACUAAAUGACCAUGGAAUCGGCCACAGACACUCAGCAGGGUGGCGAAGCUCCACUGUCUGAGACAGAGAACCAGCAGAUAGCCCAGGCCCAGAUCGCCACACUGGCACAGGUGUCCAUGGCAGCUGGUCAUGGAACGGCCAGUGGCCCCACGGUCACCCUGGUGCAGCUGCCAAAUGGGCAGACGGUCCAGGUGCACGGGGUCAUUCAGGCUGCCCAGCCGUCCGUCAUCCAGUCGCCCCAGGUCCAGGCUGUGCAGAUCUCCACCAUUGCGGAGAGCGAGGACUCCCAAGAGUCGGUGGAUAGCGUGACAGACUCACAGAAGCGCAGGGAGAUCCUGUCCAGACGCCCCUCUUAUAGAAAGAUCCUCAACGACCUGUCAUCCGACGCACCGGGGGUCCCGCGGAUAGAGGAGGAGAAGUUGGAGGAAGACUCGGCACCUGCCAUCACCACGGUCACCGUGCCGACGCCCAUCUACCAGACCAGCAGCGGCCAGUACAUCGCCAUCACGCAGGGCGGGGCCAUCCAGCUGGCUAACAAUGGCACAGACGGCGUGCAGGGCCUGCAGACUCUCACCAUGACCAAUGCGGCCGCCGCCCAGCCGGGAACCACCAUCCUGCAGUACGCACAGACCACAGAUGGCCAGCAGAUCCUGGUGCCCAGCAACCAGGUGGUGGUUCAGGCUGCCUCCGGGGACGUCCAGGCGUAUCAGAUCCGCACGGCCCCCACCAACACCAUCGCUCCCGGGGUGGUCAUGGCCACGUCACCUGCCAUCCCCGCCCAGGGUGGCGCUGAAGAGGCAACUCGCAAGAGGGAAGUGCGUCUCAUGAAGAACAGGGAGGCUGCCCGGGAGUGCCGCAGGAAGAAGAAGGAGUAUGUCAAAUGCUUGGAGAAUCGCGUGGCGGUGUUGGAGAACCAGAACAAGACCCUCAUCGAGGAGCUGAAAGCGCUUAAAGACCUGUACUGCCAUAAGUCAGAGUAGUCCUCGUCCCACCGUUACAGAGACUUAGCCCCCCCUGGGCAUGAACAUUUGUUUAUUUUCUAUGUUUUUAAAGCUAUGAGCCCCCGAUGCAAGAGGCCAACCAUAGGAGGUAACUGUAACUCUAAGCUACCUUGUCCCUUUCUGCUUUUGUGGAUCACAACCUUAAAAGGGGCACCUUGAAUCCCGAGUGAGCACCCGUAGUCGUCGCCGAGCGGGAUAGUGGCUGGCAGAUGUGCAGAGCUUUUCCCUGGGGAGAAGUCUGUACCCCUGUGCUCACCCAUUUACAGUUGGCUGGUGUGUGUACUCAGGCAGACUGUCAGAGCUGGACACCGCAGUGGCAUCCGGGGAAGGACAGCUGUACUUCUGUCUGCUGGCUGUGUGUCAGCCGGCCGUUCGGACGCUGUUGUUCGGAAGGUGUUCGGCAGAUUGCUACAGAUAUUUGUACUAAAAUUUCGGCCUGUUUCCCAUUUUACCUUUUAAGUAUUUUUUAAAUAGCUGGUAACCAUGGAGAUCAAAAACAAAGUACGAUGAUGUCAGCAGUUGAGGUGUGUAGGUAUCUGAAUACUGGCAUUUUGUCCCAAUCAGGUUAACCCUAGUCGUAGGGCCCGGUAAAGACUGACAAGGACCAUUAGGAAGAGCAUGAGGAAUCUGCUUAUAGUCUAUUUCUAUGGCUGCUCCUCCUUCCGUGUGGCACGUUCAUCGCAGAAGUUUUCAAUCAAACUUUAGCAUUACAAGCCAGAAGGGAACCUCACAUGGGAUCGAUAUCAGCUGUUAGACUCAGUGCCUCCCCCCCCCGGCUUUGUGAAUCCAUAGAGUCACAGCAGACACCCACAAGGCGGUGCCGAGGUGAGGUCUGUAAACUGGUUUCCUGUACCAGAACCAGCAAUGUCUACAAACCAUCGCUCAUCUCAGAUAAUUGUCAUAGAAAACGUGCCCUCAUAGGAGAACAAUAUCGAGCCUUUUGAUCUUCAUGGUUUCUUCAUUUAGUAAUGUUAAAGUAUAAAUUGCUUUUGUUUUCUGGCCUGAAGCAUUUCUGUGCAUCCCCAAUGUGCAGUGUGGGGGCUUUUGGGGAGGGGGGGGGGGGCAAGAUACAUUGUGUUCAUUCAUGAGUGCUGUAUUUUAUCAUUAAUUUUUAUUGUGAUAUGAUUACAUAGGGCUGAGGUUCCCAGUUCAUAUUUUUCCACAGUAGUGUAUUUUUGUAUUUUUUUUUUAUUUUUGUUUAUAUUGUAUGUCUUUAGGUCAUAACCGUACAUAUUUUAAUUUACUUGAUAUAACUAAAAUGUGUUCUGAGUUGGGCAGCAUGGUGGGUAGCACUGUCACAGCACACUUCUGAGAAUGCGGGUUCAGAUUUAUGUAUGUUACAUGAUUAAAAUGUCCAUGCAUCCAGCUACUCCUGAUGAGGGUCACUGUGGCAGCAUGCCUUGCAAAUUUUGGGUCAUUUUAAUUGGUCAUUUAGAGCAGAAAUGAGAAUUCAACAUCUUUCUGACUUGUUUCCCAGCCCGGUCUUUGGGGGCCUCCAGACAGUCCACAUGUUUGCUCCUUUCCAGCUCCCUGCCAGAGAGUCCAGACAGUCCCAGAGGAACAGACUGAGAUACUGCUCUAUCUGUGCUAAUCUUGGGCUCCUACUUCAUAGCCAGCAUAUCGGACGUAGUGUGUUUAGUUAUGUACAUGUUACUGUGUGUUGAGAUAUUCCACAUAUUGAAUUGUAAUAUUGUGUUUUCAUUUUGCUUAGCAAGUCAUGCAUUUACUAGUAAUUUGGCCACUUUUAUUUGCCAUUUGAUUCUGUUCGCAUUUAAGAUUCCCAGACAGAGAGCCGCUGCAUGUAAUAAUAAGGGUGUGUUUUUUUGCACUGGGUAGGACCCUGAUUACAGUUGAUUCCUCUGUGUCUGCAGAAUGUCAAAGUUCAGAUCCAUCUCACUUUUCUGGAGGGGGGUGUAAUCAGCUUUUAAAUAGUAGCUCCGAUGUCCCACAUUCGCCCUGUAUGGUGGUAUGAGGAUGACCUGCCGGCCAAAUGGGAUGAUGAGUGUAAAGUGGAAAGGUCACUAUUUGUAAUGUAGGCUAUGAAGAGUUUAUGCUGUAUUAUUUAGCCGUCUUUAUUUUUAUAUGUAAAUGAUUGUUACGGUGUGCAGCUGUCCAUGUGUCUGUCUUUGUGAGGGGAAUGGGGCAGCUUGCAGUCAGAACAGGCUGUUUGGCAUCGCCGUUCCAAAUCGCAGAACGACGGCGAGGCUCAAUAUUCCUACUUUGCUCGGCCUGCUCCGACAUGCAUACCUCCUUACAAAAUCUGAAACGUCGGAAUUUUCUCAGCCCUCCUGUGACGGGACGGCUUUCUUACUCCGGUUUCAGAAAGAGGCAUGUGAUGUGUUUUCCUUCCGUCAGUUUGGCCUGUUUUAAUGCACAGCUUCUAUCUGUAUCUGCCCAAAAAUCCGUUUUAUUGUUUUCCUCAAGAUUGAACGGAUGUUUCUGAUGCAUACUUGUUUUACAAAGAAAUUUGUAAUAUUCUAAAAGAUAUUUUACUUCCCCUGUUGGAAAACUUUGAAAACACAACUGAAAUGAGA